AUGUCUGACAAGUGCGGAAGCUGCGACUGUGGUGACAAGACCCAGUGCGUCAAGAAGAGUACCAGCUACACAUUCGACAUCGUCGAGACUCAGGAGAGCUACAAGGAGGCAAUGAUCAUGGACGUUGCUGCAGAAGAGAACGGGUGCAAAUGCAAGUGCGGCUCUGCCUGCAGCUGCGUCAACUGCACUUGCUGCCCCUAA